UUUUAGACGACCCCCAGAAUUCGUAAAAAGUUUUGUCGGUCAGAAAAUACUACUGAGAAGACUUACUCAUGAUAGAACUUGGAAAGAAUCAGAAGAAAUUGUAAGUGUUGUAAGAGAACGUUUUACUCUUCUGGAAGAGAUUUGGAUUAACCUGGCCUUCAAUUCCGAACUUGCAAAAUCGUUAAGGAACAUCAUUUUAUUGUCGAUCCUGGCAAUAUUAAAAAAUCUCCCUUCUAGGUUGUUCUCAUUCAUUAUCACUUCAGAACGACAAAGCAUUGCUAGUUCUGAUAGGAAAGGCGAAGGACAGGGAAGAAAACCAGAUAUUAUGUUUAUGGCAAACAUUUAA